AUGCCCUCCCUCACUGUCGCAGUCUCCCAAUCCCGUACUCUCCUCACCACCCCGCUCACCCUCGCCGCCCUCGAACGAACAGCCCACCUCGCCGCUCGCCGCGGCGUGCACCUCCUCCUCUUCCCCGAAGCCUACCUGGGCGGAUACCCGCGCACUUGUGGCUUCGGCGCAGCCGUGGGGAGCCGCGACCCGCGAGGGCGCGACCAGUUCCUCGCGUACUUCAAGGCCGCGGUCGAUCUGGGGGAUACCCCGGCUGGCGGCGGGGACGACUGGGUAGAGCGGAGGCUGGAGGUUGCGGCGGGUAAGGCGCAGCGCGGCGAUGGGACGAGAGAGGUGUUGGAGAGAAUUGCGAAGCAGACGCAGGUGUUUUUGGUGGUGGGGGUAGUCGAGAGGGCUGGGGGCAGUUUGUAUUGCGCGGUGGUGUAUGUGGAUCCGGUGAGGGGCGUGUUGGGCAAGAGGAGGAAGGUGAUGCCGACCGGCUCAGAGCGUCUCAUCUGGGCCCAAGGCUCUCCAGCGACUCUCCGCGCCGUAACGACAACCCUCAACGGUAUCCCCCUGACCUUGGGCUCGGCUAUCUGCUGGGAGAAUUACAUGCCGCUCCUCCGGCAGAGCUUGUACGCUCAAAACGUCAACAUCUACCUCGCUCCCACCGCCGAUGCCCGAGAUACCUGGCUAGCACUCAUGCGCACCGUUGGCGCCGAGGGGCGGUGCUUCGUACUAUCGGCAAAUCAGUGUGUCCGGGGAAACGAGUUGCCUGCCUGGAUUACGGGCCAGACUAAGGGUGUCGAAAAAGAAGCCGAAGCCCCGUCACCGUUGAAAAGUAAUGUCCCAGUCCCACCACCGCAGAUACCACCGCAGAUACAGACGACUCCUAGCGGGAGGAAAUUGUCUAUUACGGCGGAGGGUCCGCACGAGAUUGUCUGGCCGCAGUGCCAUACCCAAACACCGGAUCAGCCUGCGGCGCAGGCUGACACUGACACCGCCACUUUUGCAUCAGACUUCAACAUCUGCAGCUCUGAAUCCGAGUACAUCUGCCGCGGCGGAAGCUGCAUCAUCUCGCCGCUCGGCGAUGUCCUCGCCGGGCCUCUGUGGGAAGUCUGCACCGACGACGCACCAGACAGCGAGGACGCGGCCGUUCGUAGUGCGCCACUGGGCACAUCGACCGCUGAUGGCGGCGUGCAGGACGUCGCUGCUGGGAAUGGGCUGGCCAUUGCGCAAAUCGAUCUGGAUGACUGUGAGCGCGGGCGGCUGGAUUUGGAUGUGGCGGGGAGUUAUUCUCGAAGUGAUGCGUUUAAGCUCACUGUGGAGGGCCUCGAAUUGAGUCCACCGCCGGUAUGA